AUGAGUCCAUUGAAGUAUACUCUUCUUUCCUUGAGCCUCGUUUUCGGGACAGGGGCCCUGGACCGGACAACUUCAGUCCCGGCUGGUGGUGUUCCAGAGUAUACAGGCCAGCCCGUUGACGACUACUCCCCAGUGCUACCUACUCUCAUCUACAAUUGCGACAAUCUCCCAUCAAUCUGCAAGAAUGUAGAGGAAUACCUGGUGGACAAUGCCAUUCAGAUGGGUGCGGGCUUGGACUUCCAUUAUGAUUCUGAUUCAAAGAGCACGGAAAAACGUCGUAGGAAGUCAUGUCCCUCCAAGGGAGCUUGGGUGAAUGUACUCCCUUUCCCAUGUGGUAGUGACCCGGCGCAACCCAAUGUGAUGCCUGGAAACCUACCUGCUCGUGUCGGACCACUUGCCACCUGGCAGGGCCCCGAGUUCGAGAUGGAGAUUCCUAACUUGCUGGGUACCGGCCCCAGUGGGAUGAGAUAUACCUGUGAUGAAUUUCCAGCUGCUUCUUGGAUUGAGGGGGGAGUGAAUAAUCUCCCUCCAUACACCAGUGUAUACUGUGCACCCAAAGCUGUGUCUUGUGAAUCAGACACUUGGGCGGAUGUGCAGGCGCAAUAUGGUCCUGGGGUCUAUCCCAAUACUCAAAGUGAACAGGACUGGCAAGCCCGAGCACAUGCAUUACUUGGAAACUACGCCAAAGCGCGAAGCCAAUGGCAAGACCCGGUGAUGAAGUUUCACUUUACAACCACCGCGUUGGGAGCUGCGAGCGCAGCAACAGCAGCCCAGGUAGUUAUGCCUGCUUAUCCGAACAAUCCAGGUAGCACGGGUGUCGCCAACACAAAGAGAGAUUCCAUUGAAGAAAUUGACGGCCGCAUUCAUUGUACUGGAAAGUUCUGCGCAACCCUGAAAGACGCAGGCUUUGCCCUCGAGGUUCCGCCGCCCACAACUUCCUACAAGAUGUUAAAGGAUACUGGAGAUGAGACCGAGCCAGACUCACCGCAUGCUACUUUGCACAUCCUCACUUUCUAG